UGACGAUGAACGCGUCCGUUGCACGCGAAAUCUUAGUACGUGAAGAGUUUCAAGACCUGGAGGACAAAAAACACAGCUAACUACGGGCAUACCUCCUUGCUACGGCAACAAGGUAUACAAUAUAGCUCUCAAGUCAUAAAUAUGUUUCUACCAGUCUUGCUGGGGAUUUGUGUGCUAAGUGUUCAUGCAUUGGACAAUGGACUUGGAAGGACGCCCCCUAUGGGCUGGAUGACAUGGGAACGAUUCCGCUGCAAUACCAACUGUGCUGCAGAUCCUGAUAAUUGUAUUAGUGAAAAACUGAUGAUGACGAUGGCUAAUCACUUGGUAGAUGAUGGCUACAAAGAUGUUGGAUACCAAUAUGUUAAUGUUGACGAUUGUUGGCCAGCUAAAGAACGUGACGGUCAGGGACGAUUGCAGGCCGAUCCAGACCGGUUUCCGAGCGGCAUCAAAGCACUGGCUGAUUAUAUGCAUAGCAAAGGAUUGAAACUUGGAAUUUAUGAAGACUACGGUACCAAGACCUGUGCAGGUUACCCAGGGAGCUUAGGCCAUCUGGAAACCGACGCCGAGACAUUUGCAGAAUGGGGUGUUGACAUGCUGAAAAUGGACGGAUGUAACUCUAAUAUCACUACCAUGAAGAAAGGUUAUCCACAAAUGUCUACCUACCUCAAUGCAACAGGGAGACCCAUACUUUUCUCCUGCAGUUGGCCUGACUAUGAACGUGCAGCAGGGAUUAAGAUUAAUUAUACCCUGGUUGCUGAAUACUGCAACAUUUGGAGGAACUACGUUGAUAUACAAGACUCCUGGAACUAUGUUCUUCAAAUCAUAGAUUACUAUGCUGAAAAUCAAGACAUACUAUCCAGUGUCUCCAAGCCUGGUAGCUUCAAUGACCCAGAUAUGUUAAUUCUCGGGGACUAUGCAUUGAGUGUUUACCAAGCCAAGGCACAAUUUGCUAUGUGGGCUGUAAUGGCUGCACCACUGCUCAUGUCUAAUGAUCUCCGAACCCUCGACCCACGUUACCGUGACAUCCUACAAAACAAGCAGGUCAUUAAGGUCAACCAGGAUCCCCUAGGUAUCAUGGGAAAGCGUGUCUUAAAGUUGGCAAUUGGCCUUGAGGUCUGGCUCCGGCCUCUUGUUGACCAGUCAUAUGCCAUGGUGAUUCUCAGCCGUAAUGACCGUCAACCAGUCCGGUUCAACACCACCCUGGACACAUUAGGACUGCACAGGAGUGAGGGAUAUGACUUAAUGGAAUUAUGGGACAAUACACCAUUGGGAAGGUUCAAACCAUUCGAUUUUUUUACCUUAAAUGUUGAUCCUAGUUUUGCUGAGAUAAUAAGAUUAACUCCGUAAAUUGGAGGAACCAUUACUAUUCUGACAUUUUGGUCAUACAAUACCUCCCUCCCCGUAAGAAGAACAAUUGAAUUCUCUUCAGCGAGCAUUCUGGAGUCCCAAGCAUUCUGGAGUCCCUUUCUGCUGAAAGAAAGGGGAAGGGCAUGUAUGUGUCAGGUACAUUCAUUAAAUUUGCCAUUUGCAAAUUCAUAAUGGCACCAUGUAAAAUGAUGUAGUGACACAUUCAUUGCCAUUACAGUACAUGUAUAUGCCUUUUGUAUGAUAAGAAUAAAGAGUAAAUGCCAUUCAAUAGAUGUUUUUGGAAAUCAUUUUUUUGCCCCGACAAUGAUCUCUGGCAGCUUCGUUUGUUAAAGUUAUCUAUUAAGAAGAAUGUAGUCAUUUUCAAAAUAUUUGGAAUUUUUUUUUAAUCAUCUUUAGAAUUUUUUUGCUGUCACUAUUUGGCAUCAAUGACAUACAGAUGCAAUUCAAUAAAAUGUAAUGUGCUCUUUUGCACAAUCACAAUUACAGUAACUCAAUAGAAAUGCACUGCUCCAAAAUAUAGUUUACAUUUAUUAACCACAAAAAUAUUAGGUGUUGGUUAAAAUAUAUUGUUCACCGGAGAGUCGUACAUUUAAUUGAAAAGGUUUAUGCUGUUAUGAAAUUUUUAAGUAUAGCUUUUCCUGGUCAAUUUUGCACUUCUCUCAUUUAAAAUUGCUUAAAUGAAAGUUUAAUUUCGUCAAAGAGGGUCACCCGCCCUAACUGUUGAUAACAAUUCCGAAAUAAUUAGAUUUCACUUUUAGAGCAUUGUAAAUCACGAAAAAAACCACACUUAUUUGUCCUAUUUAUCGUCAGUUUCAUCUCACUCUGUGAACGAAAAAAAAACCAGAUUCUUUUUUUGUCAUCCAUUUUACUGAUUUAAUCAUUCAAUCUCGUCAUAGAAUGCAUUGUCAAGAUGGUUUGAAUUAGUUGUUAAAUGGACGUCAUUUUUGUUAUAAUUCAAAAUUAGCCACAGAAAUCAGCCAUAAUAAUUUACAUAACUCACUCUUAGUUGACUUUCUCUUGUUAAUUAGAUUAAGGGCCAAUGCUUUGUAUACAAAUUUAUAUCAUUGAAAAAAUAUCUGAAUUCUAUAAAGAUAUCCUGAAAAUGUGACUGCA